GAAAUAACACUGUUAGAAAAAGUAUUAAUAGACACACAUAACAAUCAGUUAAAUGUUUCUUACACUGAAAAAUCAGAGGUAAAUGAGAUGCAUGUCUAUGAAAUUAUGAGGUAAUUUGAUCUAAACCUAUACAGAUGUGAGGCGCAAUGUAAAGCCAAUUUAUUCAUGUGUAUAGCAGCUGUACUCAUUAGGUACUAGUUCAGAGCUAAUUAAGGUGUGAAUGUGUUACGUCGUGGAGCUUAGGUAGUUAAUAAAUUAAUAGACACGGUAAUGUUAAACUAAGCUGAGUUGUUAACAUCCCCAAGUCAACCAGGAAAGGCGUAUUAACAUCUAGUAGACAUGUUCACAUAAUAACAUCCCCAAAUCAACCAGGAAAGGCAUUAUAUAGCUAACGAGAUCUGCAUCUUCCUCCUCAUUAUAACGGAGUCAAACAUUCAGCCUCCUCAUUUUCCUGCAUCUUCUAUAUUCAAUGGCUGCCUCUGAUUCCAGGGUGACAACGGAAGGUGUUCCAACUAAUGAGUCUUGUACCGAGUUUAUCCUUGUUCGUCAUGGUGAAACUGUAUGGAAUGCUGUUGGAAAAAUGCAGGGACAGUUAGAUAUUGACUUGAAUGAGGCCGGGAGACAGCAAGCUGUAGCAGUUGCUAAACGCCUUUCAAGGGAACCUAACAUCUCAGGUAUAUACUCAUCUGAUCUGAAGAGGGCACUAGAGACUGCUGAAACUAUAGCAGCCACAUGUGGUGGGCUUGAGGUUAUAUGUGAUCAAGACCUGCAGGAAAGACAUUUAGGGGAGCUUCAGGGAGUUGUUUAUGAAGAAUCAAUAUCCAAGAUUUACCCCAAGGCUCAUGAAGCUCUCUUGUCAGGUGAAGAAAUUCCGGGUGGAGGUGAAAGUCACGAUCAACUGUACAUAAGAAGCAUAGCUUCACUGCAAAGAAUUGCCGAAAAACAUAGAGGAGCGCGAGUGAUUGUAGUAACACACGGAGAAGUUAUAAGAAUUUUAUAUAGGAGAAUUUUACCUUUUGAAGGCCUUCCUAGAAUAUCGAACACAUCUGUAAGUAUACUUCAGUUGUCUGAAGGAGAGGUUUGGUCCUUCAAAACAUGGAAUGAUGACAGUCAUCUCAGAGAAGCAGAAUAUCUAGAAUCAGCACUUGGUGGAGGAGCGCAAGGGAUUAAACCUAAGCUGUGAAUUUAAAUGAAUUGUUUCAUUUGACUAAUUAUGGUAAACUGGAAGAAUUUGGGUUGUUAAAACAUAAAUUUUGAAGAAAAAAAGUGGAUUACUUCAUUUCUGUUCAAUCUAUAUGUCCUAGUUUUCCAAUCUGUGAUGUGGUUCGAAUUUCAGGAAGCUUAAGUUAACUGUGAAUUUGAGAUAGCUGCAAUGAGUGGAGUUAAUGACUCGAAUGAAAUGUUAAUAAAGAGAUCCAAUGCUGGAAAUUUAUCUACUUAUAAAUUAAGGAUACUCUUGUCAAUUAUUGGAAUAGUCACAGCAUUCAUUGAUACAUAGGUUCAUAUAUAGUAGGCACA